AAAAUUAUUAUUAUUAUUUGUUUUUGAUAGAAAGACAUGUAAAAUUGUUUUAACACGUAGGAUGUAUAACAUGGCAAAAAUAAUGAUAUGGUAAGAAAACACCUUAAAAAAUUUCCUUCUCUUGUUUUUUUCUUUGUUUUUUCUUUUUGCUGGGUUCUUCCUCUUCCUUUCCUUUCUGCUACUGUAAACCUUAACACCUGAAACCACCUUUUAUUUUCCUCACCAAAUCAAUUCAUCUUCUUCCCCUUAAUUUUCCUCACCUCUUUCUCUUCCAGAUCUGGUUGUUCAUCGCCCAUUGCUUGCGUGCCUAACAGAUCCACGACCACUACAAAUCAAAUCUCAAAAUCUACCCCAAUCCACUAGAAUAUGGCUCUUUUAUGUAAGGGCAACAAAAACGAUUGUUAAAAACUUCUUCAAGGAUAUGGAGAAAGUACUAAAUUAAUACCCAAAAAAUAAAAAGAUGAAAAAUAAAACUUUUUAAAGCUUUGUUUGUUUCUUGAGAAAACAGAGGGAAAAUAGGUACAAAAAGGAGACAUGCACAAAACCUAAGGGGAGAAGACGAUGAAAGAUUCAACAGCAAAGAAUGGUGAAUUUGAGGAAAACUCAAGCUAAGACUCAAACCCAGAUCUUCUUUAUCAACCAUGAUGUUUUCUCUCUCACCAAACAAGAUUCAAGAAACAAAGUUUGUUUCAAGAUUUCAAAUUUAAGUGGAAAAAAAAAAAGAGACAAGUUGCUGGGUUCUUCCAAACCCAACAGUUGUUGGGUUUUUUCGAACCCAAUGGCUGCUGCAAACCUAGCGGCCAUUGAGUUCAAAGGAACCCAACAAAGUUUUCGAACCCAGCAACACCUGCUAGGUUCGAAGUUCUUGGCUCUGCUUCCUUGCUUUGCCUUGGGAAUCUCAAAUAGUUGAGAAAAGUAUAAGGGUUUGCAGAAGGCAAAGGAAAGGAGGAGGAAAGAGAACCAAAUCUGGUGUUGGGGAAGGGAGAGAGAAAAUGUAAGGAUUUAGAUUUUAGAGGUUGAAGAUAAGGGUAAUAUAGUCAUUUUAUUAUG